AGGCCUUGUUAAAGCAGUGGAAGGCGGAAGUGCUGUAAAGGGAGAAAGUAGGAAUUCGUUCUUGCUUGUUUACACCGAAGGCGGGUAGACAGCAGAAGAGAGAAGGCUACACAGAAAAGAUUGCUAACAUGAAAGGCUGGCCUUGAUGUAUUUCAUACCUGUGCCAAACGUCAAGGUGAGAACUCGUCCGCAUGCCAGCCAGUCGCAGCAUGCUGGAAGAAUGCGUCCGAUAAACAAGCGAGAGGCCGGAGUCUGGCAUCAAACGAAAAGCCUGCUCUACAAGAACCUGCUCAUCAAAUGGAGGACCAAACAGCAAAGUUUACAGGAGCUGAUCCUGCCUCUGCUGCUGCUGGGUCUGCUCAUCCUGAUCAGCACGCUGAACCCCCACGUCUACUACGGCGGCAUCGGCACCAUGGAGCUGGAAAGCGAGAACUACCUGCCCAUCAAGGGCCUCGGCUACACCCCCAUCACCAACGUCACCAACCACAUCAUGGAGGAGGUGGCCCAGGAGCUCCACAUGCAGGAUCGUUUGGAGAUGUUCGCCAACGAGGAGGACCUGGAGAACGCCAGCCUGUACGAGCCUCUGGGCUACGCGGGGGUUGUCUUCCGAGACAACAUGUCCUACAGGCUCAGGUUCCCCUACAAUCAGCUGCCCUUACCCAGCGACUACACAGAGUCCAUUGCUAGUUGUUUCUCCAACUCUGUGAAUUGCCGAGCCGCCAAUUACUGGUACUCCGGGUUUGUGCGCCUGCAGACCCUUAUUGACGCCGCCAUCAUCCAGAUGCAGACCAAGCGGUCGGUGUGGCGGGAGAUGGACGUGCGCGUGGUGAUGAUGGGUCAGCCGGGCUCGGUGGAGGUGCAGAAGUUCCCGCACGCGCUCAUCUCCAUCUACCUGGUGCUGGCCUUCACGCCCUUCGUCUCCUUCCUCAUCGUCAACGUGGCCGCCGAGAAGGAGCGACGCCUCAAGGACACCAUGACCAUGAUGGGACUGUACGACUCGGCCUUCUGGCUGUCGUGGGGUCUACUGUACGCUGCUCUAGUGACCACCAUGUCCAUCCUGAUGGCAGUGAUUGCCACCUGGACCUCCCUCUUCUACAACAGCAACUUCUUUGUCAUCUUCCUGCUCAUCUUCCUCUACGGAAUCUCCUCAAUCUUCUUCUCCUUUAUGCUGACGCCGCUCUUCAAGAAGCCCAAGUUUGCCAGCACGGUGGGCUCCAUGCUGACGGUGGUGUUCGGCUGCCUGUCCCUCUUCACCGUUCUCAUGCGCGACUUCCCCCAGUCGCUCGUCUGGCUCCUCUGCCUCCUCUCCCCCAGCGCCUUCUCCAUCGGCAUCGCCCAGGUGGUGUAUCUGGAGGCCCAGGGUGACGGAGCCGUCUUCUCCACGCUGGCCAACGGCCCCCACGCUCUCUACGUGCCCCUGCUCAUGCUCUUCCUGGACUGCAUCCUCUACCUGCUGCUCGCCGUCUACCUGGACCAGGUGCUGCCAGGUGAAUUUGGCAUGCGACGCUCUGUCCUCUACUUCCUGAAGCCGUCCUAUUGGUCGCAGCGCAGGAAGCGCUACACGGAGGUGAGCUCGGUGUACGAGGCCGAGGUGAACGGGGCUCCCGUGGGAGACGAGUCCAUCGAGCCAAUCUCCCCCGAGUUCAGAGGCAAGGAGGCCAUCAGGAUUAAUAACAUCCGGAAGGUCUACAAAGAGAAGGACAACAUAGUGGAGGCUCUGCGGGGCUUCACCUUUGACAUUUACGAGGGCCAGAUCACAGCGCUGCUGGGACACAGUGGAGCAGGCAAGUCCACCCUCAUGAACAUCCUCUGUGGCAUCUGUCCCCCCACUGAAGGCUCGGCCACCAUCUACGGAUCUCCGGUGGCGGAGAUCGCGGAAGGCUCGGAGAUGAAGCAGUUGGUGGGCAUCUGUCCGCAGUUCAACAUCAUCUUUGACGUGCUCACUGUGGAGGAGCACCUUCACAUCUUCGCCGCCAUCAAGGGCAUCCUGCCCUCCAACAUCGACGCUGAGGUGUCUAAAGUGCUAAAGGAUCUGGACCUGGAGAAGAUCAUGGAUGCCCAGGCCAAGAACCUGAGUGGCGGCCAGAAGAGGAAGCUGUCUGUGGGCAUCGCCAUCCUGGGAGACCCCAAGAUCCUGCUCCUGGAUGAGCCCACUGCAGGAAUGGACCCCUGCUCACGGCACCAGGUAUGGUCCCUCCUGAGGAACCGACGAGCCGACCGGGUCACUGUCCUCAGCACCCACUACAUGGACGAAGCAGACAUCCUUGCCGAUCGUAAGGCAGUGAUAUCACAGGGCCAGCUCAAGUGCGUGGGCUCAUCGCUGUACCUCAAAACCAAGUGUGGCGUCGGCUACCACCUCAGAAUGUCGGUGAGUGAGGGGUGUGAGGUGGAUACCAUCGCAUCACUCGUGAAGCAACACGUCCCCAAGGCACAGUUGUCACGGCAACAGGAGGCAGAGCUCACAUUCACACUGCCCUUUGAAAGCAUGGACACCUUUCCAGGCUUGUUUGCGGAGUUAGACUGUCGCCCCGAUCUGGGCAUCACCAACUAUGGUGUCUCCAUGACUACGCUGGAGGAUGUGUUCCUACGUCUGGAGGCAGAAGCUGAGGUAGACCAAGCAGACUACAGCGUGUUUAACCAGGAGCAGCAGGUGACGGUGGAGGAGGAGGAGGACGGGGCCUCCAUGGACGACACGGACCAGAAGCUGCUGACCUUCUCCACGGGGCGGCAGGACCUGGUCAGUGGCCAUGCGCUGUGGAGGCAGCAGUUCGGCACGGUGGCCUGGCUACACACACUCAACCUGCAGCGCGAGAAGAAGCCCGUCAUCUACACGUUCAUGUUGUUCCUGGUCUUCCUGUCGGCGGUGCUGAUCCUCUCCCUGGCCACGGGGAACAUCCAGAUCCACUCGCCUGACCGCCAAUUCCUGCCCAUCUACCUGCUGCGCCGCCACCAGCCUCACCACAAGUACACCACCCCCCUUCUGGUGCAGAACUCCUCAGACUCGGACAUCUCAAGCUUCAUCCAGAGCCUUGAGGCUCAGGACAUCAGGGUGGAGUUGAUGAGGAAGGCUGACUACAUGUCCGUAGCUCCGCACAGUGCAGCCAUCAACGUCACCGGCUCUAGCAAGGGCUUUAGUUACUGUCUGGCGUUUAACAGCACCACGGUGCACUCUCUGCCCAUGGUGGUCAACGUGCUGAGCAACGCUCUGCUGAAGGGUCUCAACGGCACCGGGCACAUCAACACCUGGGCCAAACCCUUCGACUACCAACUGCCCGACUCCACGUCCUAUGCGCUGGUCUACAUCGAGGCGGUGAUCCUGGGGAUGCUGGCUGCUGGAAUGCCGGCGUACUUCGCCAUGGACCACACCCGAGACCGGGAGAUCAAGUGCCGUUCAACGCUGCGGAUCUCAGGUCUGGUUCCGUCGGCGUACUGGUGUGGUCAGGCGGCCAUCGACAUUCCGUUCUAUUACCUCAUCCUGACGUGCAUGACCUGCACCCUCUUCUCCUUCCACUCCACCAAACUCCUCACCUCCAGUAACCUCACCGCUGUGGUGCUGUGUCUGAUUGGUUUCGGUCCAGCCAUGAUCCUCUUCACCUAUUGUGUGUCGUUCAUGUUCACCAGAGUCCAGAGCAACAGGGACUUUUUCUCCGUGGUGUCCAUGAUGGUGUGUGUGGUGUCAGCCUCCACGGUGCAGCUGACGUUUGUGAACGACUGGGGGAGCGUGACGCGGAUCCUCCACAGCACCCUGUGCUUCUUCAACCCCCUCUACCCCCUCAUGGGCUGCCUCAACUGCAUCACCAAGGCAACCUUCAUUCCGUCCAUUGUGGAAGACGAGCUGCUUUGGAAAGGCCUGCUGAUCGCUGUGCUUGCUCCCUACCUGCAGUGCAUCCUGCUGUUGUUCUUGCUGCGAUGGCUGGAGCUACACUAUGGAGGCAAGACCAUGAAGAAUGACCAGCUCUGCAGGAUCUCGUCCAAGCCGAAGGGCAAAGUUCAGCGCAACCCCGAGGAGAACCUGGACGAGGAUGAGGAUGUGAUGGUGGAGAAGGCCCGCGUCAAAGAGGCCCUCACCUGCCAGUGCUGCGAAGAGAAACCAGUGAUUGUUGUGAGUAACCUGAGGAAGCAGUUUAAAGACCGACGUGAGGGCUUCUCUUUCAGUAAGAAGAGGAGAGUGGCCACCAAGAAUAUCUCCUUCUGCGUCCGCAAAGGUGAGGUGCUGGGGCUGUUGGGGCCCAAUGGAGCAGGGAAGAGCACCAUCAUGCACAUGCUGGCUGGAGACACUGACCCCACCGCUGGACAGAUCCUGAUGGGCGACUACAGCACAGAUUUCCGUCCCGUGGACAGCCAGCUGGAGCACGUGGGCUACUGUCCCCAGGUCAACCCGCUGUGGCCGCGCGUCACCCUACAGGAGCACCUGCACAUCUACGCCGCCAUCAAGGGCCUCCGCACACAGGACGUGCCUGGCAUCAUCCGACGCGUGGUCAACGCACUGGAGCUGAAGGAGCACCUCCACAAGCAGGCCAAGAACCUCUCGGGAGGGAUCAAACGAAAGCUGUGCUUUGCCAUAAGCAUGCUGGGUAAUCCGCAGAUUGUGCUGCUGGACGAGCCGUCCACUGGGAUGGACCCCAAGUCCAAGCAGAGGAUGUGGAGGGCGAUCCGUGCCGCCUUUAAAAACAAGCAGCGAGGCGCCAUCUUGACCACACACUACAUGGAGGAGGCCGAGGCCGUGUGCGACCGCGUGGCCAUCAUGGUGUCGGGGCAGCUCAGGUGUAUUGGCUCCAUCCAGCACCUGAAGGGAAAGUAUGGGCGCGGCUACAGCCUGGAGAUCAAGCUGAGAGAGGAGCUCACGGGGCUCCAGCAGGUGGCGCUGCUCCACAAGGAGAUCCUCCGCAUCUUCCCCCACGCCGCACGCCAAGAGAGUUUUGCCACUCUGAUGGUUUACAAGAUUCCCAUGGAGGACGUGAAGUCUCUGGCCCAGGCCUUCUCCCAGCUGGAGAGCGCAAAGCAAAACUUCAACUUUGAAGAGUACAACUUCUCACAGUCUACAUUAGAACAGGUGUUCAUGGAGUUUGCUAAGGAGCAGGAGAGCGAGGAGGAUGAGGUGGGCUCGCUCAGCACCACCUUCCAGUGGCAGCGUCUCCGGCAGGACGGCCCUCAGCCAGUCAGCGCCAACCACGCCGACAGCAUCGUGCACCAGCUCUGAUCCCCGACGACCCAUGAUGCCUGUCCACCUCCGCCUCGGACGACUGCGUCUCCUCCCAACGGCAUGGAGACCGGCGCCGACUGACCCCGUGGCGCUGACCACGCGCGUCUCACACACACACACACACUCUCUCCAAGCUCCUCCCAUGUGUUGUCUGUGGAACUGCCCACUGCAUGUCCAUAUGUGAUUUGAUGCAGGCAGGGCAGGGGUUGGCUAUCGUUUUUUGUACUAAAAUAGGUGCACUAGAUGCUCCCUCACACUCCAGGAUGUGUGUGUGUGUGUGUGUGUGUGUUUGUGUGUGCGUGUAUUUGUUAGCACACACCUGUGUGUGUGUGUGUGUGUGUUGUAAGGUCUGAGACGACAGUGCCAGAGUGUGAACUUUUAACACCCUUUACCGGCACAGCAAAGGUCUCUGCUCUCUCUUAACCUUGAUCAAAAGACUUUGUCUCCCCCUUUUUUAUACCAAAAAAACCUGUCUUACUGGUUCUCAUCGUAACCUUCCAACUCAUAAUCUCAUCUGCAUCGAUCCUGAAGGAAACUUCUAGUGUCUGUAGCAUGGGUUUGACUCUGAAGUAUAUCUAAACAUACAUAUAUAAACAGUAUAUAAUAUAUAUAUAUAUCAAAAUAUAAGAGUUUAUAUACACACAAUGUAUACAAACAAAAAAGUCCUUUAUGCAGAGCCUGCUACUGAAGAGCUGUGGAAGAGAUUUUAGGCUUUGGUUUUGUUUUCUGAUGCACUUCUGUGGUGUAGCUAAGAUGUCAAUACCAGCACAAUGAAUCUGAUUUUUGUCAUUUAUCGCCAUCUAGUGGUCAUGUGCUCAGAAGGCAAUAAUGUCCCAAUUUGCCUUCAGGCUAGGGGAGCAAUGACUCCGUCCUCUCACUCUCUAAUAUUUUGUCCUUCUGCCUUCCUUCCUUUCUCUCUUUCUCUCUCUCUCUCCCUCUCUCUUUCUCUCUCUCACGCUUUCUCUAUAAUAUAUUGUCCUUUUUGCCUUCCUUCUCUCUCCCUCUCUGUCUCUCUCUCUCUUCUCUCUCUCUCUCUCUCUCUCUCUUCUCUUCUCUCUCUCUCUGUCUCUCCCGCUCCCAGCUUCUCCCCAGUUUUCUCUGUGUGUAUGGGAGCGCAGGCACUACAGUGUGUUACAUUAGCUCCCACAGGCACCAGCAUGCCAUUGGGUUUCAGGCUCUCUGCUCUCUCCAGAGUGCCUGUGCAGGAGCCAGCCCCCCCUCCCUCCCUGCCUCUCCAUCCUUACUGCAUGCUUCAGGCCCCACAUAUAUACGGGUGGCUUUCCCCUCAGUGGGCUCCUAACCCUCUCUUUAGAAGAUGUCGCGUGAAAGGAGACAAAGGCCCAGUGGUGCCUUCUGUGCCGCCUUCAGAACGUUAGAAUCCAAAAUAGAAUUUAGAAGCACAGUACAGUGUAGUACAUUAGGUCUUUACCAACAGUGUAGAUAGAGUUGUGUGUGUGUGUGUGUGUGUGUGUGUGUGUGUGUGUGUGUGUGUGUGUGUGUGUGUGUGUGUGUGUGUGUGUGUGUGCGCGUGUGCCUGCUCAUUGAACACAGGUUUGUUCACUAUUCCUUUUUUUAAAGCUUGUGCCUCAGGCUUGGAUUAAGAUUUGAAGAGAUUUUGAUCGGAGUUUACUGAAAGCAGGAUUUUGGAUGGGUAAUCUCAGUUCCCAGAUGGACAGUGUUGUUUUCUAUCUGGUUUAGUUUGUUUGUAUCUCUGGCCUCUGAAGUGAAGCAGAGAAUGUUGAAUUGACCGUUCUCCCUGUUUUAAAACGUAUCUGUAAAGAGCAUCCUUUUUUAAAAAAGAAAGUCCCAUUGGUAUGGUAUAGAUGCAAGUAUUGUAUUGUCUUUUUUGGAGCAAUAUGUGGUAUGUGUGGUGCUAAGGUAUGGUGGCCCGAUUUAGAGGGACACAAAAUCCACGUUCUGCUUGGAGCUCACGAUUUCAUUGGAUACAUGGCACACGGCCACCUGAUUGGCCGAGUCCAGCUAUUGAGGCCAUCUGAUUGGCUGAAUGGAGAUCCUGUGUUUGUAUAGUUUGUUUAUGGUAUUGGAAGGUGCCUAGGAUGUAUGUGAGUAUAUGUGCGUUGUUCUUAUUGAUACUGAAGAUGUACAGUAGCAUCACAGUAUACAGAAUCACUUCCAAGUCUCUUAGUUCAUGUGUUGCAAUGUUUUGCUUGUUAGUUUACUGCCUUUAUUGAAGUGGAGGUGACUACAAACAAAUGGUUGCUGCUUCUGCUUCAGAAAACACAGUCUCCAGUGAUGUUUUAUAAUUGUCUUUGAGAUAUAAAGAAAAAAAAAAACGCUUCAUACCUGUAUUCAUGUCAACAUUAAUUUAAAUUUGAGUCGUUUUUUAAAGGUGCUCUAAGCGAUGCUGGG